AUGGGUAAAUCAAAGGAUGUUAAGGCUUCCAAGGCCAGCAAGCCCGCGAAGGCUGAGGCUCCGGCCAAGGUCGUCAAGGCUGCUGCCGUCGAGGCGCCUGUGAAGGCUACCAAGAAGGUCGCCAACGGCAAGGAGGCCAAGGCCCCCAAAAAGGUCUCUUCUGAUGAGGAGAGCAGCGACGAAGACUCUGACGAGGAGAGCACCGAGGCUGCUACCUCCGACUCCGAUUCUGAUGAUUCGGACUCUGACUCUGACUCUGUGAAAAAGCCUGUUGCCAAGGUUGCUACCAACGGCAAGGCCAAGGCUGCGACCACCGAGACUUCCGACUCUGACGACUCUGACGAUGAGGAGGAGGCCAAGCCUGCUGCCAACGGCAAGGCCAGUAAGGCCGACACUUCGGAUAGCUCCGAUGACGACUCCGAUGCUUCCGAUGAUGACGAGGAGGACGCCUCCGACGCCUCCGACGACUCUGACGACUCUGACGAUUCUUCGUCCGACUCCGAGCCAGUCGCCAAGAAGGCUGAGGUCGAGGCGCCUUCCAAGAAGCGCAAGGCUGAGGAGGAUGUUGAGGAACCUGCCAAGAAGACCAAGACGGAUGCUUCCGCCGAGGCCUCCGACAAGAGCGCCACCCUCUGGGUCGGUAACCUUGGAUGGGGCGUUGAUGACAACGUUCUCUUCGAGGAGUUCAAAGAGUUUGAGGACCUGCUCAGCGCUCGUGUUGUCAGCGACAAGGAGACCGGCCGCUCGCGCGGAUUCGGCUACGUCGACUUCUCCAACCCCGAGUCCGCCGAGAAAGCCUACAAUGCCAAGCUCGGUGCCCUCCUUGAGGGCCGCGAUAUGCGCCUCGACUUUGCUCAGAAGCCCAGCAUCAAUUCCGCCCCCAAUGCCCGCGCUGCCGACCGUGCCCAGAAGCAUGGCGAUGUCGUCAGCCCUCCCAGCGACACCCUGUUUGUCGGAAACUUGGCAUUCACUGCCAGCGAGGACUCCGUCUCCGGAUUCUUUAGCGAGGUUGCCCAGGUCCAGAGCCUCCGCAUUCCUACUGAUAUGGAUUCCGGCCGUCCUAAGGGCUUUGCCUAUGUUACCUUCUCGUCCAUUGACGAGGCCAAGACCGUCUUUGAGGCUCUCAAUGGUGCUGAUCUUGAUGGCCGCUCUGUCCGUCUGGAUUAUGCCAAGCCCCGUGAUCCAAAUGGUGGCGGUGGUGGCCGCGGCGGUGGCCGCGGCGGUGGCCGUGGUGGUGGAUUCGGUGGUGGCCGCGGCGGCGGUGGAUUCGGUGGUGGCCGUGGCGGUGGUGGAUUUGGUGGUGGCCGUGGUGGUGGAGGCUUCCGUGGUCGUGGCGGCGGUGACCGUGGUGGCGGCCGUGGCGGUGGCCGCGGCAGCUUCGCGGGCAAGCGGACCACUUUCUAA